ACCUUUGACCUGACCCAUCCCAACAUGCAGCUUGAUAAACAUGGCCGCCAAUUUUAAACUUUUGUGACAAGCGAUGUGCAUUUUGGCCUUAAAAUCCACUAGAACGAGGAAUGAUACCGAAUUGAAGAAAUCUGACUUGAACCUUGAUUAUUGUUGGCAACAUAGAGCAGCUACAUGACACAGUCCAUAGUGGUUCAAGUUGGCCAAUGCGGAAACCAGAUUGGUUGUCGCUUCUGGGACCUGGCUCUCAGAGAACAUGCCAGCACAAAUAAGAGUGGCACAUUUGAUGAACCUCUGAGCAGCUUCUUCAGGAAUGUGGAUGCCAGGUACUCUGAACCACUGGACAUCCCGGUGGGGCGGGGCAGGGACAAAAUCUGCAACCUGAAAGCCAGGGCAGUUCUGGUAGACAUGGAGGAGGGUGUGGUGAGUGAGAUCCUGAAGGGACCCCUGGGGGAUGUGUUCGACCACAGGCAGCUCAUUACUGACGUCUCCGGAUGUGGGAAUAACUGGGCUGUGGGCCACAUGAUGUACGGUAGUAUGUACAGAGAGCAGAUCUCUGAAGCCAUCAGGAGAACAGCAGAGAUGUGUGACUGUCUGCAGUGUUUCUUUACUCUGCACUCCAUGGGGGGAGGUACUGGCUCAGGUGUGGGGACCUUCAUAUUGAACCUUCUUGAAGAGGAGUAUCCUGAAGUGUACAGAUUCACCACGGCUGUGUACCCAUCAGCAGAAGAUGAUGUCAUCACCUCCCCGUACAACAGUGUGCUGGCCAUGCACCAGCUCACUGAACAUGCUGACUGUGUGCUGCCCAUAGAGAACCAGUCCCUUGUUGAUAUCUUUAACAUGGUGAACCAGGCAGCCAGUAAAACUAGCAAGAUCUCCUCGACAAGCAAGGUCAAAGGUGGCAGCACCGUGACCUCUGACACGGGCGGGAUCAAAGGUCAGGAGAAGCCGUUUGACAAGAUGAACAACAUCGUAGCCAACCUUCUGCUGAACUUGACAAGCUCCUCCAGGUUUGAGGGUGCCCUGAACGUGGACUUGAACGAGAUCACCAUGAACCUGGUGCCGUUCCCCAAGCUGCACUACCUGGUGUCCAGCCUCAGUCCUCUGUACCACCUGGCAGACGUCAGCCUACCUCUCAGGAAGCUAGACCAGAUGUUCUCGGAUGCCUUUACAAAGGAGUACCAGCUGAUCAGUGCGGACCCCAGACACAGCCUGUACCUGGCCUGUGCACUAAUGGUGCGGGGGAACGUGGCAGUGUCAGACAUCAGGAGGAACAUUGACAGGUUGAAGCCUUCUCUACAGUUCAUCCAUUGGAACCAGGAAGGCUGGAAGACAGGUCUGUGUUCUGUACCCCCUGUAGGCCAACCCUACUCCCUGCUGGCCCUGGCUAACAACUCCUGCAUCAGGCACACUUUCACCAACCUCAGGGACAGGUUCCACAAACUAUACAAGAGGAAGGCCCAUCUCCACCACUACACCAAUGUGGAUGGCAUGGAGGCAGCACAGUUCUCCCAGGCUCUGGAGUCGCUCACAGGCCUGGUCAAGGAGUAUGAGCAGCUGGAGGGCACCAUGGGAAGGGUACACGAGGGGGCACCUCGGUUACAGGUGGCCUCCUGAUGCACCAUGGGAAGGGUACACGAGGGGGCACCUCGGUUACAGGUGGCCUCCUGAUGCACCAUGGGAAGGGUACACCAGGGGGCACCUCGGUUACAGGUGGCCUCCUGAUGCACCAUGGGAAGGGUACACGAAGGGGCACCUUAUGUAUAUAGAGAUCUGUACAAGUAAAACUCAAAGUGACAGGCAAUCAGUGCAUGUGGAAAUGUGUAUAUUGCAUAUAGAUGUGUACAUUGCAUACAAACACAAUGUAAAACCUGGUGGUAUAUACUGUAUAUAGCUCAUCACGCCACAUAAAAGUCUUGACAGUUAUUUUUAAUGUUAAUACUACUUGUACGGUUGUAGAUAUUCUUGUACAAAGAUUGAAAUACUGUACAUCAAGUCGUUUGGUACUGUAAUAUAUGAGAAGUUU